CUCUACCUGACCUCAUUCACACACACAGUUUGUCCCCUCAUCAUGUCAGACUCCUGCAGAACUGUGGUUGAUGCGAAGAAUGCAUUUCAGUCCUGUAAAAGUCCUUAUGCAAAAGAUCGAGUUGAGUUCUAUGACAGCUGGGGAGAAAACUAUGAAAAGGAUGCCGCCCUGAUGAGCUAUAGAGCACCACACCUGGCAGUAGACUUCCUGUCUGAGAACUUCUUAGGCAGUCGUGAAGAAGCUCGGGUUCUGGACGUCGCCUGUGGGUCUGGAUGGGUCGCUAAACUUAUGGUUGAACUGGGCUUCAGGCACUUUGUGGGAGUGGACGGCAGUAAAAUCAUGCUGGAACUAGCUGAUAAGACCGGCCUCUAUCAGGACCUCAAACUGGCCUUACUUGGACCAGAACCACUGCCAGCACAGACUGGUGCGUUUGAUGUGGUGAUCAUCGUCGGUGCUCUCGAUCAUGGUUUUAUACCAGUCAGUAUAUUCAGGGAGCUCUGCCAUGCCGCCAAACCAGGAGGUGUUGUCUGCAUGGCGAGAGGUGAACACAGCUCGAAAUCAGGAGCUGGAUACAAGGAGGAUCUGGAGAGAGAGCUGCAGCUGAUGGAGGAGGAGGGUCUGUGGAGUCCAGUAGGACUCAAACAGACGGACAGAUACAUGGAAGACCCACAACUGAGCACUGAUAGAACCAAUGAACUUCAGAAGGAGGAGCGAUACAUCGCCGGGAGAGUUUAUCUGUACAAGAAAUCCAUCCAUUGAAAUCAAUUAUUAAUCAUACUUCCAUUACAGACAUGAUGGCAACAUUCAACAGAAAAUGUAGGAAAUUUAGUUACAAAAAAUGUGGGUUAUACAUAAUGCAAUGCAAUCCAAUGUAACUUAGGUCAAUAUUGAACAUGUCUCAACAGGCCAGAGAAAUGACUCGUAUAAAGCCACAUCAAUGCCAUCUUGUCCAUCCUUUGUGUACUGACCAAACCCCUGGUCACUAUUCCUUUUCCAUAAUUUCUCUCGCUGCAGAUCAGUUCGCUGAAGCCCAUCAAAGAAAUGCCAUCACAACUUCUAUUUCUUCUGCUGCUGAGCUUCUUUCAAGCCAAGAUAAAUUAAUUUCCUGAUUCCAUUCCUCCAGCUCAGCUAUCCUGGACUCUGAAACCCCCCCUCAAAUUUAGACAUCCCAAACUUAAAUCCCAUCAGUGGCUGAAAGAUUCAACUUGUUCUCUUUGGCCGGCCUGUUGGAAAGCUGGGAAAAAAGAUCACCUCUCAGUUUCAUUUGAAAUAUUUAAAAACUGUCUGGCUAAUUUCCAAACAGCAGCCAAAAAAGGCCAUGGCUCACUAAACAUUUUCACAGAAAUGUUUUACUUUACAUUUUAAUGUUCUGUAUUUUUUUGUACAGUACUUUGGUCAGCUCAAGCUGUGUUUAAAUGUGCUCUAGAAAUAAACUUUACCCACAGCAGAUGUCUCUCAGAAGU